UCAUCUCACGAGAUGCGCAUGCUCUUCCUUAGAGUCAGAUUAAGCGUCUAAACUAAUUGCAAUUAUUAGCAGUAAACAUAAGAAAAAACCUUCCACUAAUAAUCUCAAAUUUCAAUCUUUUUAAAUAAGAAUAAAUACCAAAAACUAAAACAAAUUAACCCUCAAAAAGAAAAGAAAAAGCAAAAGCAAAAACAUAAACAUAAACAUAAACAUAAACCGCCAUCUUUUUUCAACAGCAAUGAACAGAACAACAUUCCCUUUAUCAAAAAUUCUAAACUUCCAUUUUUCUUCUGUAAUUUUCUUUCUUUUUUAAACCAGCAAGUAUAGUAACAAAAACCUCUCUUUGAAUCCAAGUUUUCCCUUAAUAUCUGGGUUUGUUUUUCUCUAACAUUCACUCUUCUUUUCUACAUCACAUUUCUUCUUUACUAAUCUUUCUAAAUUCUAACUACUGAGUUUUUGCUUUCAUGGGUAGAUGCCAAAUCUUGAAUUUUUAUAUUACUCGCUAUACUUUUGUUUAAAGAUAAACAGGCCAAACUCAUUACAGUAUUCAGACUUUUACAGUAUCUAAAGAUAACUUUCAGUUCUACUAGUUUCGGUUUCCCUUGUCAAAGCCUAUAUCUUCACAGCUACUUGAUUCUUUUUUUCUUUUUCCUUUUUGACCCCUUUUUUUUUUUUUGCUCAUUCUUAAUUUCUUGGGUUUUCCAUUUAUGAGUUCUCUUUCCUGGUCUUCUUGAAAGAUUGGGAUUGUGAUAAUCAGAGAGUGGUGGAGAUUUCUUGCACAGAGAAAAUGAGAUCACAUACUCCUUUAGUGCAGCUUCUUUUUGUAAUUGCUUCUGUUCUUUUUGUAGUCUGUGAGUCAUUUCCUAAAGAUGAAGUUGAGGCACUUACAACCUUCAAAGAAGCAAUAUUUGAAGACCCACUACUGGUUUUAUCGAAUUGGAACACCCUAGAUUCAGAUCCUUGUGACUGGUCUGGCAUUGCAUGCUCUUUUGCUAGAGACCGUGUUAUGAAAAUAAACAUAACUGGAGCAUCUCUAAGAGGAUUUAUUCCCCCGGAACUGGGUCGGAUCACAUACUUGCAGGAACUAGUCUUGCAUGGUAAUAACUUGAUCGGGCCAAUCCCAAAAGAGCUGGGCAUGCUGAAGUACCUCAAGGUUUUGGAUUUGGGAGUGAAUCAAUUGACUGGUCCUAUCCCUCCAGAGAUUGCAAAUUUAAACAAUGUCAUGAGAAUAAAUCUUCAGUCCAAUGGGUUAACUGGGCAUUUGCCACCUGAACUUGGCACUUUGAAGUACCUUGAGGAACUUCGUCUGGAUAGGAAUAGACUUCAAGGAACUGUUCCUGCUGGUGGCAAUUCAGAUUUUCCAUCUAACGCACAUGGGAUGUAUGCGUCAAACUCAAGUGGCUUAUGUCAAGCAUCUCAAUUAAAAGUGGCAGAUUUAUCAUAUAACUUCUUUGUUGGGAGCAUACCUAAAUGCUUAAAGUAUCUUCCAAGCACAAGCUUCCAAGGGAACUGCCUCCACAACAAAGAUCCUAAACAACGGUCUGCUGCACAAUGUGGUGGUGCACCACCUGCCAGAGCCCAUCAAACAUUCAACUCUAAGCACCAGCCUGCUGAAGAUGUAUCCAAGCAACAUCAGGGAGCAUCAAAACCUGCAUGGCUUUUGGCUUUGGAAAUUGUAACAGGAACCAUGGUGGGAUCUCUGUUUCUCGUUGCUGUUUUAACCGCUUUCCAGAGAUGCAAUAGCAAAUCUUCUAUAAUAAUUCCUUGGAAGAAGUCAGCAAGUCAGAAUGAUCAUAUGGCAGUAUACAUAGACUCUGAGAUGUUGAAAGAUGUUGCAAGAUUCAGCAGACAAGAGCUUGAAGUUGCUUGUGAAGAUUUCAGCAAUAUUAUUGGCUCUUGUCCAGAUAGUUUGGUUUAUAAAGGCAACAUAAAAGGUGGGCCUGAGAUUGCUGUUAUAUCCCUUUGCAUUAAAGAAGAACAUUGGACAGGGUAUCUUGAGCUCUAUUUUCAGAAAGAGGUAGCAGAUUUGGCUAGAUUAGAUCAUGAGAAUACGGGGAAAUUACUGGGGUAUUGUAGAGAAAGCAAUCCAUUUACGAGAAUGCUGGUUUUUGAAUAUGCAUCAAAUGGAACAUUGUAUGAACACCUUCAUUAUGGAGAAGGUUGCCAGUUAUCUUGGACAAGGCGUAUGAAAAUUAUUCUAGGCAUUGCUCGUGGACUCAAAUAUCUUCACACAGAACUUGAUCCACCGUUUACUAUAUCAGAACUAAAUUCUAGUGCUGUGUAUCUUACAGAAGACUUUUCUCCUAAGGUGGUUGAUUUUGAAAGUUGGAAAAGUAUAGUUUCAAGAUCAGAAAAGAACUCAGGGUCAAUAGGCAGCCAAGGUGCAAUUUGUGUACUUCCAGAUUCAAUGGAAGGACGUCACCUUGACGUCCAAGGAAAUGUAUAUGCUUUCGGUGUGCUUUUAUUGGAAAUAAUCAGCGGUAGACCACCAUACUGCAAGGAAAAAGGAUGCUUGGUAGAUUGGGCCAAGGAGUAUCUGGAAAUGCCAGAAGUAAUGUCAUAUGUGGUGGAUCCAGAGUUGAAACAUUUCCAAUAUGAAGAUGUCAAAGUGAUAUGUGAAGUGGUAAGCUUGUGCAUUCAUCCAGAACCGAGGAAGCGGCCUUCCAUGGAGGAAAUAAGCAGAACGCUGGAGAGCAGAAUUGACACAUCAGUGUCGGUUGAAUUAAAGGCGUCUUCUUUAGCAUGGGCAGAGCUUGCAUUGUCGUCGUGAUUUUAAAACCUUAACACACUGUAAAUCACAUAUAUAUAUACAAUUUCUAAUACUUGAAAGUCUUA